AAGAAAAGAAAAAAAACAAAGGGACAUGACUGAGGUGGAAAGUGUGGGAUCUAAUUGUUAUUGUUUUGGGAGUUUGUUAUUUCUUGGUGUUGUUUUGGGAGGAUUGUUAUGUCUUGGUGUUGUUUUGGGAGGUUGUUAUGUUUUGGUGUGUUUUGGGAGGAUUGUUAUGUUUUGGUGUUGUUUUGGAGGAUUGUUAUGUCUUGGUGUUGUUUUGGGAGGAUUGUUAUGUGUUGGUGUGUGUUUUGGAGGAUUGUUAUGUUUUGGUGUGUGUUUUGGGAGGUUGUUAUGUCUUGGUGUUGUUUUGGGAGGUUGUUAUGUCUUGGUGUUGUUUUGGGAGGUUGUUAUUUCUUGGUGUUGUUUUGGGAGGUUGUUAUGUUUUGGUGUGUGUUUGGGAGGUUGUUAUGUCUUGCUUGGUGUUGUUUUGGGAGGUUGUUAUGUUUUGGUGUGUGUUUGGGAGGUUGUUAUUUCUUGGUGUUGUUUUGGGAGGUUGUUAUGUCUUGGUGUUGUUUUGGGAGGUUGUUAUGUUUUGGUGUGUUUUGGGAGGAUUGUUAUGUUUUGGUGUUGUUUUGGAGGAUUGUUAUGUCUUGGUGUUGUUUUGGGAGGAUUGUUAUGUGUUGGUGUGUGUUUUGGAGGAUUGUUAUGUUUUGGUGUGUGUUUUGGGAGGUUGUUAUGUCUUGGUGUUGUUUUGGGAGGUUGUUAUGUCUUGGUGUUGUUUUGGGAGGUUGUUAUUUCUUGGUGUUGUUUUGGGAGGUUGUUAUGUUUUGGUGUGUGUUUGGGAGGUUGUUAUGUCUUGCUUGGUGUUGUUUUGGGAGGUUGUUAUGUUUUGGUGUGUGUUUGGGAGGUUGUUAUUUCUUGGUGUUGUUUUGGGAGGUUGUUAUGUCUUGGUGUUGUUUUGGGAGGUUGUUAUGUUUUGGUGUUGUUUUGGGAGGAUUGUUAUUUCUUGGUGUUGUUUUGGGAGGUUGUUAUGUUUUGGUGUGUGUUUGGGAGGACUGUUAUGUCUUUGUGUUGUUUUGGGAGGAUUGUUAUGUUUUGGUGUUGUUUUGGGAGGAUUGUUAUGUCUUGGUGUGUGUUUUGGGAGGUUGUUAUGUUUUGGUGUGUGUUUUGGGAGGAUUGUUAUGUUUUGGUGUUGUUUUGGGAGGAUUGUUAUGUUUUGGUGUGUGUUUUGGGAGGAUUGUUAUGUUUUGGUGUUGUUUUGGGAGGAUUGUUAUGUUUUGGUGUGUGUUUUGGGAGGUUGUUAUUUCUUGGUGUUGUUUUGGGAGGUUGUUAUGUAUUGGUGUUGUUUUGGGAGGUUGUUAUGUUUUGGUGUGUGUUUGGAAGGAUUGUUAUGUCUUGGUGUUGUUUUGGGAGGUUGUUAUAUUUUGGUGUGUUUUUUGGAGGAUUGUUAUGUCUUUGUGUUGUUUUGGUUAUGUUUCGGUGCUGGUUUAGGAAGAUUGUUUUUAGCAUGGCACAGCAGCAAGCAUUGCUGCUUCACAGUUUAUCAUGUUCUUCCUGUUGCUAGUGCAACCAGGAUAAAGCAUUUACUGAAGAUACAUUUUCUUUCUUAGUAUUGGUUUGGAAGGAUUGCUAUAUUUAAGUAUUUAAUAGUAUAACCCUUCCGAAGUCACAGAUGAUGAUGGAAAAAUUAUUUAAUAUACAUUAGUUUAGUCCAUUUUCAUUUGAAUAUGAUUUAAGGUUAAACCACAAAAGCUAACCCCACCCCUCACUUAACCAUUC